GGCGCUAAUAGCGUGAGCUCAGUGGAUGUGUAGCAUGAGCUGGAAUAAGGUGUUUUAGGCGCGCCGCAGAUAAUUAAUUUAUAAUCUAACAACAAUGACUUUGGUUUAUUAUUUGAGAGGGUUUAUCAACGAGAGACUAACUGCUGCUGUUGAAGAAAUAUUCGGAGUUUUAGAGAAAACUAUCGUCGAGUACGAAGAAGAGAUCGACCGUCAGCGCAGACUGUUGGAUAUAGCUUGGAAACCGGAAAUAAAGUUACACAGAAUAGAGCUCCCACAGCAACAUGUCUGUAAGGAGGAGGAGGUUGUCGCUGAGCAGCAGCUCUCUAUUGAGGAGAGGAACUCCAGUGUGGACCAAGAGGAGCCAGAGCCUCCAGAGAUUAAAGAGGAAGAGGAGGAACUGUGCAGCAGUCAGGAGGGAGAGCAGCUUGAAGUGAAGCAGGAGACUGAUGACUUUAUGUUGAUUCCUCCUUAUGAAGAAAGUGACCACAGUGAAGAUGAGUCUCUCAACGUUAGUAUCAGUGAAUCUCUAAAUGUGGUUGAGGAAAACUUCAUAAACUACAUUCUUAUUAAAAACUAUGUGGUCCCAGAACCAGACAGUGACCACCAGCUCCUCUCUCACAACUCUCAUGAAGCUGGGAGUCGACAUCAGGUAGACGGCAAGCAUAGAGACUCAGGUUCAACUAGAAAUGCAGAGCAAACACAACAAAAUCACAACAGCAACAGUCACAUGAACACUGUAUAUAUCCCUACGGUAUCAACAAUUCACAGUAAUACACACACAGGUGAAAUGUCUCUCGAAUGUGACACAUGUGGGAAAGAUUUCCCAUGUAGGUCAGCUUUGCAGCUACACCUGCGAAGACACACAGGUGAGAAGCCAUAUCCUUGCAACACCUGUGGAAAAAGAUUCAUGCAGCCAUCAGUACUGAAGGCUCAUAUAAGAACACACACAGGUGAGAGGCCACAUGCUUGCAACACCUGUGGGAAAAGAUUCACUCAGCUGUCAGCGCUGAACGCUCACAAAAGAGUCCACACAGGUGAGAAGCCUUAUUCUUGCAAGACAUGCGGGAAAGAUUUCAGAUGUAGCAGUCACCUGAGAGUCCACACGAGAAUCCACACAGGUGAGAAGCCGUAUUCUUGCAACACCUGCGGGGAAAGAUUCUGUCGGACAACACAAUUGAAAUACCAUGCAAGAGUCCAUACAGGGGACAGACGCCAUGUUCAUGCAGCACCUGUGGAAAAGGUUUCGGAUGUAAUAGGGACUUGAUAGUCCACAAGACAGAAAACACUGGUGAGAAACCAUACGUUUGAAAGAUUUGAGUGAAAAGAUUCAUCUCUCUUGGCAAAGAUUGUGAAAUCUCAGAUGUUAAGGCUGAGAAACUCCUAGUCUUUUCUUUUUUGUCUGCAGUAGGUCAUUAUAAAUAAAAUAAAUAAUGCAGUGAUCAGCAUUUUUUUUAUCUUGUGUAUUCAAACAUUAAAAGCUUUGUUUAAAAAAAUAGUUUGGAGGUAUUUUUUGAUUACCUUACUUUUAUGUUACUUGCAGGUCUGACUGCAUUUGUACAGGCAAGUUUAAGCUUUACAUUUACGUGAAAGGCCAUGGUUAAUGGUUGUAUCACUGUAAAUCGAGUGUGCAGAUAGGUCUGGCUAUGAGAGACUUGAUUUUUACCCACAAAUACUUCAAAAUAAGCUUACUGAACAUGAUGUCUAGGUAAAAUAUCCAUGAACAUGUAAACGAGGGGAAAAAAAAUUCACUCCACCUUGACUAGCUUUGACAAAAAUGCUGUUUACACAUCAAGGCCUGAGUGACACUGUCAGGUGUACUUCAACAUUUCAUACUUUUAAAUACAUUUUUGCUGUAUAAAUUUGACACGUUUAAUAACUUUAUGAAUGCACGGUUAUUUUAGUUUUUAAUUUUAAUGUUUAUUUGUAUAGGGACAAGUAUGUAGCAUACAUAAAUGCCACACACCACAGCAUUUAUAGCCUAAGCUAAUUUGCAAUGCCUGUUUUGUGUAAAACUUAUCCACAUACUGUGAGAUUUAUACAUACCAAAGCAUUCAUAUCUAGUCAUGUAGUGAAUACAUGUCACCUCUGAUCUGGUAACAUUAUUGGGAAUACUAAUACUAAUAUUACAUUUGAGGGAAGAAGACGAGUUUUGAACAAAGACGUUGAGGCGAGGUCCGGAGUCAGAAGCCAGAAGCUUUAAGUGGAACCACUAAAUUACUAAAUUUGUUUACACAUUUGGUUACAUUGUACAUGGUGUUAUUGUGAAUUAUACUACCCUGUGUUGAGUAAGUCCUUCCACUCCUGAUAAGAUGUUUCAAAUGUAUGUUUCAAAUAACUUCACAAGACAUCUGUUAAGUUAAAAAUGUCAUCACACACCUGUAAUGCAUGCACAUAUGUUUUGGUCAUCGCUGCAUAACUACUGGGACUGCAAUUUCCAACACUUUGUCAGAGGUACAAGAUUUACAGCUCCUAAUGCCAUUAUAGCCCUGUUUGGCAUCUCUCAGUCUCCUUUGCCGAAGCUUGGAGCAGAUCUUGUAGUGUUUGUUACAUUAUUGGCUUGACACCUAAUAUUAAUGAGAUGGAAAUCACCAACACCGCUUUCCCACACUUUAUGGAUAAAAGAGAUUAUCAGUAAUUUACAGCUUGAGAGAGUCCGAUAUAAAUUGAAAGGCUUUCCCAGGAAAUUUAAAAUGAUGUCGGAUGUCAAUUUUUGUAUCCAUAUCUUUUGUCUUAGACUUUAAGAGCAAGCUUAUUGUUCACUGUUACAAUGGGGAGUUUUUUUGUUUGCUGGUUGGUUUUCUUUCAUUCUGCACUAUUAUGUCACACUGUCAUUCACAAGUACUUAAAACUGUUGUCAACUUGUAUGUAAAAAAUCAAUAAUCAAACUUAAUAAUAUAAAAAAAGAAAUCCGUUCAGUUUAAUUGUCCAGAGAAAAACUAACCCAAUUUCGCUGUGAAAUGAAGCAUGAUGGAUGUACAACGUUUAGUGAAACAUCUGUUCUGGAAAUGUAUACAUACCUGUAAACUGUGGCAAGAUAUCUGUGGAUUUAUGUUGGAGAAUAUAAUCUGUAACUUUGAUCAUUUACUGGAAAAUGUAUUCUUUUUGUUUUGUUUGUUUGUUUUUUUUUCGUACAAAAAAGAGUAUUUUGUAAUUAAUCUUAUUAUUUUUAUUGCCAAGUUUUACAUUCAUAAAUGUAAAGUUAGCCGUACAAAACCUCUCUUUAUUGUUUUUUAAAAAAGAAAUGGGUUUAUAUUUUAAAAUAAUAUC